CUGAACGCAGCGGGGCGAUGAUGAGCGACUUACUACCCAACAUGGCGGACUUUGAUACCAUUUAUGAGUUAGAAGACGAAGAGGAUGAGCACGUAGUGAGCGAGGAGCACUUACCCAGAUACUGUCCGGAGCCCGUGGUCAUGCGAGGGGCCGGGCACAUCACCGUGUUUGGCUUAAGCAACAGAUUUGACAUAGAAUUUCCCUCCGUUCUCACAGGAAAGGUAGCACCAGAGGAAUUCAAAACCAGCAUCGGCAGAGUGAACGCCUGCUUGAAGAAGAACCUGCCAGUGAAUGUAAAGUGGCUUCUCUGCGGCUGCCUGUGUUGUUGUUGUACAGUAGGCUGCAGUCUGUGGCCCGUUAUCUGCCUCAACAAGAGAACAAGACGAUCCAUUCAGAAGCUGUUGGAGUGGGAAAAUAACCGAUUAUACCACAAGCUAGGGCUGCACUGGAAGCUCAGCAAAAGAAAAUGUGAAAGCAGCAACAUGAUGGAAUAUGUGAUUCUUAUAGAAUUCUUACCUAAAUAUCCUAUAUUCCGACCAGACUGAGGAGACUGUUAUCAGACCAAACAGGUGGCCGUUGAAUCUUAUCCUUAGUGCCUCGUGUAUAUAUAUAAAUAUAUAUACAGUAUGUUGGAAUAAGGGUCUGGGUUGGCGUCUCCCCUGGCGACCCCGUACAUCUCUCAAUACCUUGUACAUUAGAAUUUGCAACACUGUCACUUUGCUUUAGAGCAGAUUUUGCACAUUUUUUCCCCUCCUCUCCCCCUUUUUUUUGUUGUUGUUGCACUUUGAUUUGAUGUUGUUUCAUGUGUCAAAACAAGCUAAACUCUUUUGAAAAGUGCAUUUACCCCAAAGAACCUUCAACCUGUAUCUGGUAUACCAGUAAUCCCUUGCAGCAGAAUGUGAUGCCUCCACCUUGCGUGAUGAUCCUUGCCUUAUGUGUGGUUAAAUGGGCAUGUAUACCUAGAUAAAACUGGGACAGGGAGGCUGUGGGUGAUCCAGCGAGUCUGUUUGAGUCCAGUUCUUAGCAGGUAGAUGAGAUGGCUGAAAUUUGCCUAACGCACAAGGCACGUCUCCCCUCUGUUGAAUUUUUGUCUUUAUAUUAACUGUACCUGGGAAUUAGCUAGUACAAGAACUUGACGUGUAAAUACCGUUGUAGAAUAAGCUGUACAGUGGUAUACCUUUGUUUACAUAAAGUUUACUUAGCCAUUUAGAUUUUCUUUGCCAAUAUAUUGCUGUACCAUAGUUUUGAUUGAUGAAAGAUGUCUGUACUUUACUAGUUCAUAUGGACCUGUUUACCUUGUAAGCCAUAUGUAGUUACAGUGUACCUGAUGCCAGAGCUGAGACCGAUUAUUGCACUUGAGACCAGAGGAGAAUCAUCAUUUCUAACCCUUAAUAAUCAAACAUAUGGCGGUUGGUGGUUUUUGCCAAUGAGUGAUCAUUCAGUAUAUAUAUUUUUUUAAUUAUUCAGUGAUAGUGAUAGUUUUAUUUUUCUUUUAAGUCGAAACAUUUCCUGCAUUGCGUUUUAUUCGAGUGCCUCUGGAAUAGUACAGAACUCUGAAGUUCAGGUUGAAAUCUGUUAUGUAUGAAGGAGACUUUGAAUCCUCCUCCCAGUAUUGUUACAGUUCUUGUAAAUGUUUGUCACAACGACCUAAUUCCUCUGAAGAGUUCAAAUAAAUUGUUGAUUUUCA